AUGACAGGAACUAACGGAAACGGUAGCAAUGGAAAUGGCAAUGGUGGAACCUCUGUGGGAACCAGCCGUGUGAAGCAGGGAUUGGCCCAGAUGUUGAAGGGAGGAGUAAUUAUGGAUGUCAUGAGUGUGGAACAAGCAAAGAUUGCCGAGGCUGCUGGUGCUGUAGCUGUCAUGGCGUUGGAACGCAUUCCUGCCGAUAUUCGUCGUGAUGGCGGCGUUGCUCGCAUGUCGGAUCCUGCUUUGAUUAUGGAAAUCAAGAAUGCUGUUACCAUCCCUGUCAUGGCAAAGGCUCGCAUUGGACAUUUUGUAGAAGCCCAAAUUUUGGAAGCCUGUGAGAUUGAUUACAUUGACGAGAGCGAGGUCCUUACCAUGGCUGAUGACAUUCACCACAUUGACAAAACAAAGUUCAACGCUCCAUUUGUUUGUGGAUGCCGAAAUAUUGGCGAAGCUUUGCGUCGUAUAGCCGAGGGAGCUUCCAUGCUUCGAACCAAGGGAGAAGCUGGAACUGGAAAUAUCGUCGAGGCGGUCCGUCAUGCUCGCACAGUCCAGGCUGAAAUUAGGCGUUUGGCAUCUCUGCCCAAGGAUGAGUUGUUUGUGGCUGCCAAAGAGCUUCGGUGCCCCUAUGAACUCGUUAAGGAAGUUGCAGAUAAAGGAAAACUUCCUGUUGUCAACUUUGCCGCUGGUGGUGUGGCUACUCCCGCCGACGCUGCUCUCAUGAUGCAACUCGGUUUGGAUGGGGUCUUUGUUGGAUCUGGAAUCUUCAAGUCGGCCAAUCCCGAGGCUCGUGCCAGGGCAAUUGUGCAGGCUGUAACCCACUACAAUGAUCCCAAGGUAUUGAUGGAUGUUUCCACUGGUCUGGGACCUGCCAUGGUGGGUAUUUCAGACAUCAAGGGCGAUCCUGUCAACUUUCGUGAUCGCGAGGGUGGCAUGCAGCAAUACGAUGGACGUGUCCCUCCCAAAAAGGAACUCCACGGAAACACAGAGGUACAAAUGUACGGUUCCUCUUGGGCCAACUAA